UGUGCUCGACACGGAUUGUCAAUAAUGAACACCAUGUUCAAACAUAUGGGUGUCCAUGUGUGCACUUGGCACCAGGACACCCUAGGCCGCAGUUUGAUGAACGACUUUGUAGUCGUGUCAUCAGAUUUGGGGCUGCAUGUUUUGGACACUCGGGUGAAGAUUGGGGCGGAGCUGUCAACUAAUCACCACCUGGUGGUGGGUUGGCGCCGAUGGUGGGGGAAGAUGCCGGUCCGACCUGGCAGACCCAAACGCUCUGUGAGGAUCUGCUGGGAACGUCUAGCAGAAUCCCCUGUCAGGAAGACCUUCAACUCCCAGCUCCGGCAGAGCUUUUCCCACAUCGCGGGGGAGCCGGGGGACAUUGAGUCUGAGUGGACCAUGUUCCGUGCCUCCAUUGUUGAGGCAGCCGACCGGAGCUGUGGCCGUAAGGUGCCUGUUGUGGCGGCAAUCCCCGAACCCGCUGGUGGACACUGGAGGUAAGGGAUGCUGUCAAGCUGAAGAAGGAGUCCUAUCGGGCCAUUUUGGCCUGUGGGACUCCGGAGGCAGCCGACAGGUACCGGAUGGCCAAGCAGAACGCGACUUCGGCAGUUGCUGAGGCAAAAACCCGGGCGUGGGAGGAGUUUGGCGAGGCCGUGGAGAAUGACUUCCGGACGGCUUCGAGGAGAUUCUAGUCCACCGUCCGGCGUCUCAGGAGGGGGAAGCAGUGCACCGUCAACACUGUUUACAGUGGAGAUGGCGUGCUGCUGACCUCGACUCGGGACGUCGUGAGUCGGUGGGGAGAAUACUUCGAAGACCUCCUCAAUUCCACCGACACGCCUUCCAUUGUGGAAGCAGGGUCUGGAGACUCUGAGGUGGACUCUCCAAUCUCUGGGGUCGAAGUCACUGAGGUAGUUAAAAAACUGCUUGGGGGCAAGGCCCCAGGGGUGGAUGAGAUCCGCCCGGAGUUUUUAAAGGCUCUGGAUGUUGUGGGGCUGUCGUGGCUGACAUGCCUCUGCAACAUCGCGUGGACAUCGGGGACGGUACCUCUGGAUUUGCAGACUGGGGUGGUGGUUACCCUCUUUAAGUGGGACCGGAGGGUGUGUUCCAACUACAGAGGAAUCACACGCCUCAGCCUCUCUGGUAAGGUCUAUUCAGGGGUGCUGGAGAGGAGGGAGGAGGAGGCUGGGUCGGUAGGUUGAACCUCGGAUUCAGGAGGAGCAGUGUGGCUUUCGUCCUGGCCGUGGAACAGGGGACCAGCUCUACACCCUCGGCAGGAUCCUCAAGGGGGCAUGGGAGUUCACUCAACCAGUCCACAUGUGUUUUGUGGACUUGGAGAAGGCGUUCGACCGUGCCCCUCGGCAAGUUCUGUUGCCGGGAGUACGGGGUGCCGAGCCAACUGAUAAGGGCGGUUCAGUUCCUGUAUUACCGAUGUCAGAGUUUGGUCUGCAUUUCCGGCAGUAAGUCGCAUUCGUUCCCAGUGAGGGUGGACUCUACCAAGGCUGCCCUUUGUCACCGAUUCUGUUCAUAACUUUUAUGGACAGAAUUUCUAGGCGCAGCCGAGGCGUUGAGGACCUCCGCAUUGCGUCUCUGCUUUUUGCAGACGACGUGGUUCUGUUGGCUUCUUUAAGCCGUGAUCUCAAGCUCUCACUGGAGCGGUUUGGAGCCGAGUGUGAAGCAGUCGGGAUGAGGGUCAGCACCUCCAAAUCCGAAGCCAUGGCCCUCGGUGGGAAAAGGGUGGAAUGCCCUCUCCAGAUCGGGGAUGAGAUCCUGCCCCAAGUGGAGGAGUUAAAGUAUCUUGGGGUCUGGUUCAUGAGUGAGGGCAGGAUGGAGCGUGAGAUCGACAGGCGGAUCGGUGCAGCGUCGGCAGUAAUGCGGACUCUGUACCGGUCUGUCGCGGUGAAGAGAGAGCUAAGCCAAAAGGCAAAGCUCUCAAUUUGGCGGUUGAUCUUUGUUCCUACCCUCAUCUAUGGUCACGAGCUAUGGAUCGUGACCGAAAAAACGAGAUCCAGGAUACAAGUGGCCAAAAUGAGUUUCCUCCGCAGGGUGUCCAGGCUCUCCCUUUGAGAAAACCUCGGUCAUCCGGGAGAGACUUGGAGUAGAGCUGCUGCUCCUCCACUUGAGAGGAGCCAGGUGAGGUGUUCCGGGCAUGUCCCACCAGUAGGAGACCCCGGGGACGACCCAGGACGCGCUGGAGCGACUAUGUCUCUCAGCUGGCCUGGGAACGUCUUGGGAUCCCCCGGGAUGAGCUGGAUGAAGUGGCUGGGGAGAGGGAAGUCUGGGAGUCCCUCCUAAAGCUGCUGCCCCCGCGACCUGACCCCGGAUAAGCAGAAGAAGAUGGAUGGAUGGAUGGUCUCAAAAAAAGUCUGUUGUUUGUUCGGCUCUGAAGACAGCACAGCCCGCUAGCUCGAUAGCCGCGUCGGGGAUGCAAUGAUCCAACCAGGACUCUGCAACAACCAGUCACAGCACUCCAGACCGUGAGAUGUGCUCCGCUCGUCCAUCCGGUUGGUCAUCGACUGGGCGUCAGCAUGAAAGAGGCUGGGGAUGACCGGCCUGCACGGGCCAGCUUUUAGUUUGGCCGCUAGUCCUCCUCCGCCCCGCUUCUGCCUUCCAUGUCCGCGCCGCCUGCGCCACUCCAGCGGGGGGGACAGCAAAGCCGGCUGCGCUUGGCGGCCGCCAAAUCCCCGGGGAAAUCGUGUUCCAGAGAGUCAAGUUAUUUUGCGGGCAGAAGGCAUCCGCUACAGCAUGGACGUGUCUGUCGACGAGGUGAAAGCGCUGGCGUCGCUGAUGACCUACAAGUGUGCUGUGGUUGAUGUUCCUUUUGGUGGCGCAAAGGCGGGAGUCAAGAUCAACCCCCGGAAAUAUUCCGACAAUGAGUUGGAGAAGAUCACCAGGAGGUUCACCGUGGAGCUCGCCAAGAAAGGUUUCAUCGGACCCGGAAUCGAUGUUCCCGCUCCGGACAUGGGCACGGGUGAGCGCGAGAUGUCCUGGAUUGCUGACACCUUUGCCACCACCAUGGGCUACAAUGACAUCAACGCUCACGCCUGCGUGACCGGCAAGCCCAUCAGCCAGGGGGGCAUCCAUGGACGUAUCUCGGCCACCGGGAGGGGAGUCUUCCAUGGCAUCGAGAACUUUGUCAACGAGGCGGCCUACAUGGGCAAGCUGGGAAUGUGUCCCGGAUUUCGCGACAAAACCUUUGUGGUCCAGGGUUUUGGCAAUGUGGGUCUGCACUCCAUGCGCUACCUUCACCGCUACGGAGCCAAAUGCGUGGGAGUGGGCGAGAUUGACGGCAGCAUCUGGAACCCGCACGGCAUUGACCCCAAAGAACUGGAGGACUACAAACUGGCCAAUGGGACCAUCGUGGGCUUCCCCAAGUCUUUGCCGUACGACGGGAGCAUCCUGGAGGCCGACUGCGACAUCCUCAUUCCCGCCGCCGGAGAGAAGCAGCUCACCAAAAGAAACGCCCCCAACGUCAAGGCCAAGGUGCCGCUCUUGUCAUCUGCAGCUGGGAUCAUCGCAGAAGGCGCCAAUGGUCCGACCACGCCUGAGGCCGACCGCAUCUUCGUGGAUCGAAAUAUCCUGGUCAUCCCGGACUUGUACCUGAACGCGGGCGGUGUGACUGUGUCGUACUUCGAGUGGCUAAAGAACCUCAAUCACGUCAGUUACGGCCGCCUGACCUUCAAGUACGAGCGAGACUCCAACUACCACCUGCUGAUGUCGGUCCAGGAGAGUUUGGAGAGGAAAUUUGGCAAGCAUGGCGGCGCCAUUCCCAUUGUUCCCACGUCUGAGUUCCAGGCACGCAUUGCUGGAGCGUCGGAGAAGGACAUCGUCCACUCGGGCUUGGCCUUCACCAUGGAGCGCUCCGCCAGGCAAAUCAUGCGCACAGCCAGCACGUUCCAGCUGGGUUUGGACCUGCGAACCGCCGCCUACGUCAACGCCAUCGAGAAGGUCUUCCAAGUUUACGCCGAGGCCGGACUAAUCUUCACGUAGCUGUGGCUCUCGCCCACUUCCGAUUUAGGACAGGAUGAAAACACCGGCAGCCUUACAAAGACAAAAGUUGCAGCAAAGUCCAUUUCCCCACACACACCCCCACCACACAAAUGUACAAUUGGGCGCUUUUCUGUUUAGUUGAUACUGGAGAUUUCAUAUUUGUGCAGAAAUAUAUACUUUUUUAUUUCGAUGAAAUUCAUCAUGUCUACGUAAUGAAUAUAAACAGAUUUUUUUGUUCAGACUUUUGUCUGAACAAAAGAAUCUGUUUAUAUAUAAUAUAUACUUUUGGUCAGUCCAGACUUGUAGGUGUUUCUUUUUCAAAUUAUUGCCAUACACACACACAGAGAUAUAUACCGUGUUUUCUGCACUAUAAAUCGCUCCAGAGUAUAAGUUGCACCAGCUAUAAAAUGUGCAAUAAAGAAUAAAAAUACAUAUAUACAGGACUGUCUCAGAAAAUUAGAAUAUUGUGAUAAAGUUCUUUAUUUUCUGUAACGCAAUUAAAAAAACAAAAUGUCA